CACCAUUUCUUUCUGUAUCCAGACAUGAACUCAUUGUUUGUAUCAUGUAUACUUUUAGACAAGAUGACGGCUAAAGGAACAUGCCCAUCCCGUGAACAUUGAAUAGACCAAGUACAGCCAUCUGUUAUGGUACAGUUGCCAUUGUCAUAAGUUGCAGAUUUGAAGUGUUGCCCAAAAAGAUAAUGUAUAGGAGCCUGUGCAAUCCCUAAGCAGAGUUGAUUGACUGGACUGUAGAUAAAGAGAUGUGUUGAGAAGGAUGAGUCAUAUGCUGUGGAGACCGCAUCUUCAGAUAUCUACCCAGGAUACUGAAAAAUAAGUGAGCUUAGCCAGCCAAGUCAAGAGAAGUUUUAUCUGAUGCAGCACUGGCUCAUGUCUGCUGCUAUAUUUGUAGCCAGAUACAGUGAGUGGUUGUCGGAAGUGUUAGGGGUGAGUGUGUCACAGCCGUGAAGAGGAGAUGUCAAAAGCUGGAUGAUUCUCCCAUCCUAUGACAAGUACUUACACUUAAGUCAGCUGUAUUGAGGCAGGGCCAGAAGGGACUGAAUCUUCCCUGCUGCUCUGAUCUUGUUACCCCACAUAUUGCCUGGGUCCUUGAGAGAGGCUCACAAAGGUCGCUGAUACAGCCAGGAGAACAGCUCCAGUGAUCUGCUACAUCCUGGCUAUCACUGGCAGGCAAACAGUUUGAGCCUCCUUCAGCUGGUUUCCAGCCUUCCUUAGUCCCACACCUUUUGGCCCAUCAGACAGAUUGAGGCUUAACGAGACACCUCAGGUACACAGGCUCACCUGGACCCAGCUUCACUUACCUGCGCAGGUUGGAGAAUGUAAACAAACAGAAAGGAAUUUGGAACUUGCUGACCAGAGUGAAUUGUCCUCCUAAUUAACACCUGAGCAGGUUUCUGGUUGAGUAAUACGGUCAUCAUGGAUCAGGAUUUAAAGAAUAGACCACUGAUACUUUGUGGUGAGGAAAUCAUGAAGUGAUUAUGUGAUGUGUCUGUGAUCACCUAGCUUAUUAGUCACAUUAAUCUCUUCUUCUUUAUGUACCUGAGGAUUAAUCCAUAGGAAGUUGUGUGUAAGCUUUAUCCAGAAAUGUUACACCUUUGUGAUCUACCAGAGCAUAUAUUAUUCAAGCCUCUGUUCUAUAUACCCGAAUAUUACUCCUAUUCUAUUAGUGGAAAAGUACCUGUUGAGCUCGGACUAGCGAGUGGCAAAUAUAAUGGCUACAGAACUAGAGUGUCAGUCGCCGUCCCUAGAAGCAGAAAAUGUCCGCCACAGAGCCCGCGUAGCAGUUGACUAUUACAAGCACCAAGUCUUGAGUACAAACAAUCGCAGCUCAAGUCCAGGUGAACAGCUGGAUGAGUCUGCAUGUCCACGAAGCGCUUUGCGUAGAACAGUGUCACGCGAUUUCAGAAACGGUCAGUCGGUUCAGAGUUCAGCGUUUCACCGUGCCAACGUCAAUAAUGGCCUUAAUGACAGGGGCUACAGUGAUAAAUUCCCACUAAAUAGGCAGCGCGCCACUGUUCAUGGAUUACGUGGUAAAGAACGUAGCUGGUUACAGAGUCGUCAGGCUGGGGAUGGUUUCAAUCAGACCCCGUCAAGCGCUGGGAGACGGGAAAGAGGUUACGAGUCUCCCAGAAGUGAAGUGACACCUGAGCGUCACACUCCAGACCAUUCUAGCACAAAGAAACGUUUGUUUCAACCUAUUUAUCGAAGUAAUAGUGACUUGGAAUUGGACAGUCUCGAAUACGACAUAGAAGAUUCUCCGCCUCAAAACAUGCCACUCAGACGGGAAUACGGGAGUACAAACUCCAUUGACAUUCUUGCAAAUAAUAAUAACAGCGAAAGUUUCUUUGCAAUGCUGAAAGACUAUCAUGCUGAAAAUUUGGAUCAGCGUAGUCCAGCGCCACCGAAAAUUCAGGAAUUACUGCGGGUGAAAUAUGACCUUGAGCACGGGGCUCCAGCACCCAGAGGCCGCUCUAACAGUGGCAGUGCAGCAGGGCACAGGGUGGCAAAUGGUUCUGCAGUAGUGGACCAAGAAACUAAUGAAUCUAGUAGCUCUAGUCAAAGUUCAAGACCAAAAACCAAGAGCAAACCCCACAAAGAUCGCAAGGCGAGAGCAAAGUCAAUCACAGGUGAAGGCAGCUCUGGGAUAUUCAAAAAGCUACGUGGAUCAAAACCCGAUUCUGGCGGACAGGAUGUUACAACAAGGCGUGUGCUGACAGCAGCACCUGAGAUUGAUCCCAAAUCAGACGACAAACUCAGACGCAAAGCAUUUGUUCAUUUUGACUGUCAGAGCUUAGGUGUUAACCUAAGGGAGAUAAUUCAGAACAGGAAUUCAGGGUUUAAGCGCAGGAAUACAACGACAGGAGCCUCGGCUGCUUCCGCUAAUCGGAACAGCAUUCCGAAUUGUCGAGAGGAUCCGGACAUACUCUCUGAAACUGACGAUGGUGAUAAUAAAAGCAGUGACAUGGUGGAGAGCUGCCCGUUUUUCAGAAACGAAUUGGGCGGUGAGGAAGAACGUAUGAUAUGUUUGGCUCGGGCCACAGCUCACAGAAAAUGUCCCCACAUCAAACAGCUUGUGUACAAAAAUACUGUUUCAUAUGUGCGUCAACCCUCUUGUUCAGGGGUGGCCAUUUUGGAUUGCUCAUCGAGCUCAUUGACAAAUCAGCCCCUUUCCCCCAUUGUGUCCCAUAAAGGUCAUGUCAUGGAAUACGUGGACCAUGGAGCCUCUUACUACAGGCACUUCUUUCAUGGAUGUGAUCAUCAGAACUAUUUUGGCAUAGACGAGAACCUGGGUCCUGUAGCAGUCAGUAUUAGGAGAGAGAGGCUUGACGAGCGAGACAACAACAACGGCCGGGCAGACUACGGACAAUAUCAGUACAGGAUUAUCUGUAGGAACAGUGAGUUAACAGCUCUCCGUGGUGCAAUUUUAGAAGAUGCAAUUCCAUCCUCAAGUCGUCUGUCCAGUUCUCGUGGAGUCCCGUUUAAAGAUGUGCUGGAGUACACUUUACCAGAGCUGCAACUGUCAUGUCUGCGUCAGGCCACGGCAAGCCCCAAAACUGCCGAGCAGCUCAUCAAACUGGAUGAACAAGGGAUUUCCUCAACCUACAAAGUUGGCAUCAUGUACUGUCGGGCUGGUCAGUCCUCAGAGGAAGAAAUGUAUAAUAAUGAAUCUGCUAGUCCUGCUUUUGAGGAGUUUUUGAAUUGUAUUGGGGAAAGAGUGCGCUUGAAAGGCUUCGAGAAGUACCGAGCACAAUUAGACAACAAAACGGAUUCCACUGGGACCCAUUCUCUGUUUGCUAAAUAUGGUGACACUGAGAUCAUGUUUCAUGUGUCCACAAUGUUACCGUACACAGCAAAUAAUAAACAACAGUUGCUGCGCAAGCGUCACAUUGGUAAUGACAUUGUGACAAUUGUGUUUCAAGAACAAGGUGCUCUUCCAUUUACUCCCAAAGCCGUCCGCUCACAUUUUCAACAUGUAUUUAUCAUCGUCAAAGUGCAUAAUUCAAACACAGAUAAUGUUCGCUACAGUGUGGCCGUUAGCCGCUCCAAAGAUGUACCUCCGUUUGGGCCCCCAAUCCCUGAAGGGGCAACAUUUACUAAAUCUCAGGAAUUUGCAGACUUUCUGCUUGCAAAAGUGAUAAAUGGAGAAAAUGCAGUUCAUCGAUCUGAGAAGUUCAUAGCCAUGGCAACUCGCACAAGACAGGAGUACAUGAAAGACCUCGCCACAAACCAUGUUACGACAACAACUCUUGACUCAGGGUCAAAACUCAGUAAAUUUGGUCUGGGAAGUGGUCGCAAGAAAGAGCGCACAAAGCAGAAGGUGACGCCUGAUCUGUUUGCACGUGGAGCUGUCACAUGGCCAGUACAGGUUGAAGAUUUUGGUUGGUCGACACAGAUUGACUGCCAGCUUGGUAUUGCCAUGGAAACUAUAGCCAUUGUGGAGGAGUUGUCAAAAGACGUGGUGUUUACAGUACCAUGUGAUCGGGUCCUUGGGUGGACUCAACAAGGGGCAAGCUUGAGGCUGUACUAUGACCAUGGGGAGUGCAUAAUGUUGAAGUCGAAGGCUAAUGACAUGGAAGAAAUCAACGAGAUUGUCAGCAGACUGGCAGCAGUAACAACGGGUUCAGAAACAUUUGAAAUCAACCUUAAAAGGAAUGGUUUGGGACAGUUAGGUUUCCACGUCCAUCCAGAUGGCCUAAUCACAGACGUUGAACCAUACAGCUUUGCCUGGCAGGCUGGUUUGAGACAGAGCGCCCAGUUGGUGGAAAUCUGUAAGAUUGCCGUGGCAACGUUAACCCAUGAACAAAUGGUGGAUUUGUUGAGGACAUCUGCCAUUGUGAAAGUUGUUGUCAUUCCACCUAAUGAUGAUGGAACACCAAGAGGUUCCGUGAGCAAUUUGUACUCGCCCAACUCGUCGCUGUCGGGCACGCUCAGUUCUGAGCGGUCCUGGUCGAGCAGUCUCACGUCCAUGUCCUCUAGCCACAGUUCACUCACACUUCCUGUUAAAUCACGCUAUGGCCCCAGGGUCAGCAAGAAACCCCCAUUGUCCAAAAAUACACUGAUGACGCAGAGCUCUUAUUAUCCUCAGUCAGAUUUAGUCUUGUCAUCCAAUCGUCGGUCAGACGAAACUCAGAACUCCCAUGAUUCCUCAGAGAGCUACUCCACACGACAGGGGCUGUCUGACAGUUUCUCAAGCUCGGGGGAGGAGCGUCAUUCUCGUAACAACUCCCAUGACAGCGGAGAUGGACCACCCACAGCCAGUAGACAAUGGGUUGGUAGAACAGGCCUGCAGGCUUCAUCCAAUAAGAACAAUUGGUACUUGGAAAACCAAUCAGAAGGCAGCUCUCAUGGGACUUCGGGCUAUUUCAGUAACUCAGACAGUAACUACAUCACCAUGUCUCAAGGAGGCGGAGGAGCAUUGAUGUCUGGGAGGUCAGGUAGGGUCUCAGGAGAUCACUAUGGUGACAGACCUGGAGCGCCCUCUACUGGCAAUAUUAAUCAAGAGCUUAUGAAACAGUCACAGAACACUAAGUUUUUGCUCAGCCAGGGGAAGCAAUCACCACAGGGGAUAGUGACCGAUUUUCCUGUUUCCUCUGACCAGCUGACAUCAAAUUCCAGUGGAUCCUCUCACAUUUUAUCAGCGGGACCAUCUGUUAGGAAUGGACCAAAUUCAAACAAGGAGCGAUUUUUCAUGGACCAACAGCGAUACCAAGAUAAAGAUGAAUUUUCUGCUUUCAAAAAGCGCCCUGAAUUCCACAUGUCUAAUUCGAAAGGUCGACCUGGGGCUAACUACAAGCGCUCUCACCUUGACAUCUCUCCAAUCAGCAGUAAUAGCAGCAGUCCAAGGUCAUCAAACAGGAAUUUGUCAGGGAUGUCCUCAGAAGAGUCUCUGACAACACGACUUCGCCCUGGGGUAACCACCAACUCACGGCCUGCCCCAGCCCCCACCCCCCAGGGCAAACCUUUUGCAGGAGCGACCAGCAGUGUACAGGAGGACCUGAAGCGGCUGAUCAACCCAGAUGUGUCAGAAGUGGAGAUCACGCACUAUGCCUCCCCACCUCGCCCUGGGCGUCUCCAGAGGGCACUGUCUGAAGAAUCACUGCACAGUUUCAAAACUGCAUCAUCAAAUUUAAACUUGGAAACAAUCGGCGGUACAGAUGUCAUCUUUACUUCAGCCCUCCAAAAUUACCUGUCACAGUUACCUCCCCACAAGUUACAGGAAUUGAUCGCUCAACAAAGGUUGUCCCCGCGGGUGAUAGCCGAGCUAAUGCGCCGCCCAGGAAGUGCCCGCUCUACUGACAGUCCAAGCUUCCCACUACCUGACACGGCCUCAGGGAUAGAAUGGUCCAGUCUGGUGGAUGUUGCCACAAAAGCAAUUGAAGGAGGUGGUGAUUCUAGUUCCACCGCAGAGAAAGCUGUCCGUAACCCAAGAGAGUUCACGACCUUGGAGGCGGGGCCAGUUGUCAGGGACAUCAGUGCUGAUAGAGCCACUUCGCGAACAAGCUGGCGCUCUGUGGCUACAAAUCCUCAGCAAAGGAUAGAGGAAUUAGAGCAGAGAGUAUACCAGCUAGAGCAACAGUUAGAACAGGAGCGUAGGGAGAAUCAGGAGAUGGAGUCGGAGGUUCAGGAAUUGAGGAAGGACAAUCUGCGCCUUCAAGACGAAUCUCAAGUGGCCGCAGCUCAGCUUCGCAAGUUCACAGAGUGGUUCUUCAACACCAUAGACCGCCAGUGAAGCGACUAGCCUCGAACAAAUAGUUGUUCAAUACUAACAGUAUUGGUCAUACCUGUGCUGUUAUUCAAAUCAAGACAGGAUUUGCAUUUACCUGUUAAUGAAUAAUCAUGAAGUUAGAAGAACAAACGGGAAGGUCUUAGCAUCAUUGUCAUUUACUGCAUUUGAGAAUUCCAAUACAUUAUUACCAGAAGCCAGACAGCUUCUAAAUGCUGUUUAGGUCAGGUGAACAAACGAAACAGGUUUAAUCUAGUUAAUUCUGGUUGAUCUGGUGUGACCUCAUCCCAAUUUGGAAUUGGAGGAAUUUCUACUUUUACUGGUUGUGGUCUGAUAUCAUCAAUUUUGUGACCUUGGCCUAGUUGUUUACCAAGUACUAGAAUACUGCUAGAUAAAACUGUAAGACCAAUCUUGUUUACCGUACAUUUAUUUCAAUGAGGCCAGGUAAAAGUGCUUUGGGGCUAAAGUCCUUUCAUAUUGCUGCUGCUGUAAGUGAAUAAAUUGAGAGAAAAUGAAUUGUGCUUGUGUGUGAAGUAAAACAUUUUUCUUUCAACAAGACAUUAAUUUGUCCAUGUGGUGAUUUAAUGGAAAAAGUACCAACCUGACCAGUGAAUCCACAAAGCAAUGGCAUUUUGGCAGAUGUACAAACAUCUUUGAUAUAUAUUGCCAGAAACAGAAGAAUAUAUAUAUAUUUUUUUUUACCUUUAAAAUUCAGUCUGUUUCUAUGUGUGUAAAAUCUCCAUUUUAAGUUAUUUUAUAGCACAUUUAGAAUUUUGUAGGUACAUUCAUGUGUGGGAUUUCGUGUCAUUCAGAAUUCAGGGAUUAUGUAAGCCUGUUUAAAACCGAAAAUCAGUCAUCUAAAAAUUGGCAUAAUGACGUUUUGUUAUGGAGACAUUUUAACAUAGAGUGUGUUAAGUGAUCUUGCAGCUUUCAGUUACCAUAUACACAUAUGCAAUAAACUUUUUAUGCCUUUCGUUACCAUCCUGUUCAAUGGAUAUAUUCCACAUCAUCUCAUUACUUUACAUUAGAAUGGUUUCUGUUUUCGUUAUCUUUAUUACCUGAUGUUAAUUUCUGUUUAAGAACAUUUUUCUGUUCAUACAUUGAGUAUUGCUCUCGCAUGUUUUUGCACCUGUUACACAAAAACUAAACAAUCUUUCGUUUUAUCAAGCAUUUUAUUUGUAUAAGGAUCAGACUCUAUUCUCUCGUUUUUGUUAAAAGAAUAAUGAUUUAUUCUUAGAGAGCAUUGUAUCAGCAGAUUUUUGUUUCAACCAUUUUUUUAAUCAAUCAGGUCACAAAAUAACUUGUACAAAUUUUGAUCAGUCUGUGUAAGUUUACGUGGUUUUCCCAAAACGAGAAGAUUGAGUUUCAUUAUCCUGGCUGUUUGCAUUUUCUAUACAUGUAGUUACAUUAUAAGAAGUUGUCAUUUAUAAAACAAGAAUUAAACAUUUGUUUACACUCUGUACAAACUUUGAGCCUCAAACGAAGUCUCAUUUCAUGUACUUCCCUGUACAUACAAAGUUGUGAUAUGUGUGUGUAUGUGUGUGCAUACUAUUGCAUGGUUGACAGAUGUUUAUAUGGCGCCAUAAAUUGUAAAUAAGUACUGAGUGGUAGAAACCACUGCUUUUCAAUUUAAUAGACUUUCAUCACGUUUAUAGUACCAUUAGAGUAAUUUUUCCAGUAAUGUUUUAUUGCUGAGAUCCCAUAACCACAAUACCCCAAAUAUUGCAUAAAGUGAUUUGUAAUCAUAUGUUAUUGCUUGCAAGAAAACUCGGAUCACUCAUGUUUUGGAUGUUAUCAGGCUAAUAGGUUGUCGAAAAUACCAAGUGAUUCUUCAACAAGGCGUUUUUGAAUGCCUCAGUGUUUUUCUAUCAUAAGUAGAUAUUUUUUUUUUUCUAUUGUACAUGUAAGUCGCAAUGUUCAGUGUUAUUUGAAAGCAUCAUCUUUUUUCCUUAUAGUCCGACAUGUUCGGUCUCACUGCACUGCUGUCAGUUUAAUUUCACUAGUCAUGUAUAAUUCAUGUCAAAAUUGCCCAAAGUGUACAGCUGAAACUCACCCCAUUGAAAGACCUCACUCCAGGAAAUGUCUUGCAGCAGUUCUGUUGGACAACAAAUACACCACUGUUUUACCCAUGACUUAGGUUAUGUGCUUGUAUUUUGUGUAUUGCUUCCAUGGCUUCCUGUCAUCAUAGUCAUUAAGAUUGUUUCAUGAAUUAAUGUACAUAAACUCCACUUAUUUAAAACAUGUCUGAAACAAAGUUGUAUAUAUGAAUUGUUUUAAAGUGAAAG